GAUGCCCUUCGAGCCGAGACAAGUGUUCGCCAGCCUCCCCCAGGUGGAAAGAGGCGUCUCCAAAAUCCUCGGCGGCGACCCAAAGGGCAGCAACUUCCUCUACACCAACGGGAAGUGUGUCAUCAUUCGGAACAUUGAUAAUCCUGCAGUCGCUGAUAUUUACACGGAGCAUGCCCAUCAAGUUGUCGUUGCCAAGUAUGCACCUAGUGGUUUCUACAUUGCAUCUGGAGACAUAUCUGGUAAGCUCCGGAUCUGGGAUACCACUCAGAAGGAACACCUAUUGAAGUAUGAAUAUCAGCCGUUUGCAGGAAAAAUCAAAGACAUUGCAUGGACAGAAGACAGCAAAAGGCUUGCUGCUGUUGGAGAAGGAAGGGAAAAAUUUGGAGCUGUGUUCCUUUGGGAUACUGGAUCUUCAGUUGGUGAAAUCACUGGCCACAACAAGGUGAUCAAUAGCGUAGAUAUUAAACAGACAAGGCCUUACCGCCUAGCAACUGGCAGUGAUGACAACUGUGCUGCAUUUUUUGAAGGACCACCAUUCAAAUUCAAGUUUACAAUAAGUGACCAUAACCGUUUUGUCAACUGUGUGAGGUUUUCUCCGGAUGGAAAUAGACUUGCUACAGCCAGCGCAGAUGGCCAGAUUUUUGUUUAUGAUGGAAAAACUGGUGAAAAAGUAGGUGCUCUGGGUGGAAGUAAAGCACACGAUGGAGGCAUUUAUGCAAUAAGCUGGAGUCCAGAUGGCAAUCACCUCCUUUCUGCUUCUGGGGACAAAACUGCAAAGAUCUGGGACAUUGGUGCCAAUAGCCUAGUGAAUACCUUCACCAUGGGAUCAGAUGUUCUGGAUCAGCAGCUGGGAUGCCUGUGGCAAAAAGACCAUUUGUUAACUCUGUCCCUUUCAGGCUACAUCAAUUACCUGGAUAAGAACAAUCCCAGCAAACCUCUCCGCAUCAUAAAGGGUCACACUAAAUCUAUACAGUGUCUUACGGUGCAUAGAAAUGGGGGGAAAUCCUAUAUUUACUCUGGGAGCCAUGAUGGACAUAUUAAUUAUUGGGAGUCUGAGACGGGUGAAAACAAUAGCUUUUUGGGGAAGGGACACACCAACCAGGUUUCCCGCAUGGCAGUGGAUGAAUGGGACCAGUUGGUUAGCUGCAGCAUGGAUGACACCGUGCGUUACACCAGCCUCAGCACAAAAGACUACAGUGGCCAAGAUGUUAUAAAAAUGGAUGUUCAGCCAAAAUGUAUAGCAGUUGGACCUGGUGGAUAUGCUGUGGUCAUAUGCAUUGGAGAAAUUGUCUUGAUGAAGGAUAAGAAGAAGUGCUUUACCAUCAAUAACCCCGGCUUUGAACCAGAAGUUGCUGCAGUUCACCCAGGAGGUGGUACAGCAGCUGUUGGAGGAACAGAUGGGAACGUCUGCUUGUAUGCAAUCCAGAGCUCUUCUUUACAAAGACAGGAGAAGACUUUGGAAGCAAAAGGUCCUGUUACUGACCUGGCAUACUCUCACGAUGGUGCCUUUCUCGCAGUGACGGAUGCCAGCAAGGUGGUCACUGUGUUUAGUGUUGCUGAUGGCUAUGCGGAACAUAAUGUCUUCUAUGGACACCAUGCAAAAAUUGUUUGCAUUGCCUGGUCACCAGAUAAUGAACAUUUUGCUUCUGGGGGUAUGGACAUGAUGGUGUAUGUUUGGACACUGAGUGACCCAGAGACCAGAGUCAAAAUACCAGAUGCCCACAGGUUACAUCACGUAAGCAGUUUGGCAUGGCUAGAUGAACAUACCUUGGUCACAACAUCGCAUGAUGCAUCUGUCAAAGAGUGGUCCAUUUCCUACAAAUGAAUGAGGAUGUCCUCAUCAGGGAGUAGAACUGUUGGAGUGAAAAUAUUGUAUUUCUCUUUCUUAAAAAAAUGAAGUCCAUAAUGACCUCUGGGGUCUUAUAGCAUAUUCUCGUAUCUUUGCAGAGGGUGUUCAUAUCUGUAAUAAAAUUACUUUCAAGAGCUUUAGUCGGUAACGGUUUGCACAUGUGAAGCACUUAAAUUAUGUCUGAAGCUUAUAAAAUUUUUUGUGUGUGUGCUGCACAUUCCAGGAGCUGCAACCUUAGCCGGUCAGCAAAGAAGAUUUAAAACUGGUUUGGUUCCUUAUUUUGUAAUGCACACAGACCUUGCACGUGAUAUUGUACAGCAUGGGAGAAGUCUCAUUUUUUUCUAAUUGCAGAACAUUUCUGUACUAACAGUCAUAAUGAGAAUACUAGUUGUGAUCCCAAAAUCGAUCCAAGUGGUGUGCAGCUACUGUAUAUGGUCAUGUUGCUUGUCUGUAAUGCACAGAACUGUUUUCCUUCACCAGAUGACAAAAUGGGGUUCAUAAUAAUAAUAAAUUUUUUCUGUAUUUUCUUGUUCA